AUGGUCCCUAAAAAUUUAACGAUUGAUCAAAAAUUCAAUCGAAAAGAAAUUUGUUCAGACACUUUAAAAAUCAUCAAAGACGAUCCAUCUUUUAUAAAUAAUAUUAUUACGUGUGAUGAAACAUGGAUUUUUACAUAUGAUCCUGAAACUAAAAGGCAAUCCAUGCAUUGGAAGACACCAACUUCCCCAAGAAUGAAGAAAGCACGAAUGAGCAAGUCAAAAUUCAAAGCAAUGCUCAUUGUUUUCUUUGACAUUAAGGGAAUAAUUUUUGUUGAAUGGGUUCCUAGUGGGCAAACAGUCAAUCAAUAUUAUUAUAAAGAAGUAUUAAUUAAAUUAAGAGAACGUGUCAGAAAGAAGCGACCAGAUCUAUGGAAAAAUGGCUGGGUUCUUCACCAAGACAAUGCUGCAGCUCACAGUGCAUUUUCAAUUCAACGUUAUUUAACUGAAAAAAAAAUUUCUGUACUUCAACAUCCCCCGUACUCGCCAGACCUUGCUCCUUGUGACUUUUUCUUAUUCCCAAAAAUUAAAAGUUUAUUAAAAGGAACCCAUUUUCAAACAGUUGAUGACGUAAAAAUGAAAACGGCAGAUCUUCUAAAUGAACAUUAUGAUGACACUCUAAAUUCACAUAUUCCAACUACACCUUCCUUAAAUAGCUUGAUGAGAAAAAUCAAGUAUAAUUUAGUUCCAAUCACUGAUGAUUUAAACAAGUUAAAGCUAUCUGGAGAAGUCUGUCAAGCUGCACUUUCAACAAAAACUAAUCUUAUAAAUUCAUCAACUAAUAAAAUAAUUGAUGAAAGCAAUAAUGGUAGAAGUAAAGAAAAUGAAAAAUCUUCUGGUGAAGCCUUUAAGACAUUAAGAGCUACCCUUAAAUCAUUCCCAGUUAAUGUAAAAAAAGAAUCAAGUGAAGAUGAAAUGCAAGUGAAUGUGAAAAAAUCAAAAUCAUCUGAAAAACAUGUUUUAAAUGGGGAUGAUGGCAGAUUUGAUCCUACACUAUCUAAUAAUCCAAGUAGAUUGAAUUACAUUUCUGAAAUUACAAGUACUUCUAAUCACCCUGAAUUUUCGAAUUCUAAAGAAUCAAAAAGAAAUCAAUGUUCGCCAUUUGGUGAUAAUAGCAAAAAUCAAAAAAUUUGCAGAACACAGUCCAUGCAUGAUAAAAGAGUAUUGAACUGCAACCCAAAUUAA